UCAUAGCCAGUACGAUUUAAUUUACAUAAAAAUCAAGCGAACCAAGCGAACCACUGUUGUUCAUUUCACUCCAACAUGACGUCCCAUUUCCUGAAGAUGCUUCUUCUGCUGACUCUAAUGACUGCACUCCUAGUGAAUGUCAGCGAGAGUUACAGUGAUCACGUUAUCUACAAACUGAUCCAAGGAAAAUGUAAGGAAGUAACGGAACGUGCCACUCGAGACUGCAGGUGGGCGGCUGGAUUGUACCCCUUUGUGGAUCACCUUGUGAAAAAAGGAAGAAUAGUUGCUUACCGGAUCCAGUGGUUUAACGGCAGUUGGUCAUCUUGGUAUGUUCCUGGAGUGAAUGAUGUGGAUGGAAAGUUCAACCCCUACAGUCGUCAUUGUUCAGUUCCGUACAUGGCCAAGACAAUGAGGAGGAUGUGGUCGUAUUUCUACGACCACACACACAAAUACAUCCUCUGUACAAUGCAGUAGACGAUGUAUCUACAGAACAGUCUGAAUAAACGAUGCACCUCGG